UCCGAACUUUUGAUCUCUCUCUCUCUCUCUCUCUCUCUCUCAAGGGAGAGAUCUCUCUAUCACUAGAGAGAGAGAUUUGACCAUCUCCUCCCUCAAGACCACUGGCCAAUUCAAACCUGUCCUAAUUAACUCUUAGCCGUGUCUUCUCCUACCCCGAACCUUUCCUCCUUCGGCCAUUUUGACCUUUUCCCAUUUAUAUCCAUCCCGUCUCAUCUAUUGCAUCUCUAAUCCUUCAUCUCCUUCCAACCUCUAUAUUCUGAUUUCCCCUCUUCUUCUUCAUCUUCUUCCUCUAUCCCCCAAAGCUUUCAACUUUUCUGCUUCCCGCAACCCCUAUCUUCUAGCAGAUCCAGCGCCAUCUCCUUCUAUACCAUCUGGCGCCGUAGAUCGAUUAUUUUCCGUUAUUAGUCUUCUGCUUCCCGAAAAAAAAUCAUAUCUUGGUACCAAAUGGGUAACUGCUGCACCUCGCCGGUCGAUCCAUCGGAGAAGAAGGAGAAGAAGCCCAAGAACACGAAGGGCAAGAAGCCGAACCCCUACGCAGUUGAAUACAAUCGAUCACCGAUCCCUGGAGCCCCGAAGCUCGUCGUUCUCAAGGAAUCCACCGGCCAGGACAUUAGUAGCCGUUAUCAGCUCGGCAACGAGCUCGGAAGAGGGGAGUUUGGGAUCACCUAUCUCUGCAUCGAUAAGGACACAGGGGAGAAAUUUGCCUGCAAGUCUAUUUCGAAGAAGAAGCUGAGAACCGCAGUUGAUAUCGAGGAUGUGAGGCGGGAGGUCCAGAUCAUGAGGCACAUGCCUCCUCAUCCUAAUGUUGUGUGCCUCAAAGAUACUUAUGAGGACGAUAAAGCUGUUCAUAUUGUCAUGGAGCUUUGUGAGGGAGGUGAGCUUUUUGACAGGAUUGUCGCCAGGGGACAUUAUACAGAGAGGGCGGCGGCCGCCGUAACAAAAACCAUUGUUGAGGUCGUGCAGGUUUGUCACAAGCAUGGAGUGAUGCAUAGGGACCUCAAGCCUGAGAAUUUUUUGUUUGCUAACAAAAAGGAAACUGCUGCGCUGAAAGUUAUUGAUUUUGGGCUUUCUGUGGAUUUCAAACCAGGCGAACGCUUUUCGGAGAUUGUCGGAAGCCCUUAUUACAUGGCCCCAGAGGUUCUUAAGCGCAAUUAUGGCCCCGAAGUCGAUGUCUGGAGUGCUGGAGUUAUAUUAUACAUCCUGCUUUGUGGUGUGCCACCAUUUUGGGCAGAAACUGAGCAGGGAGUUGCUCAAGCAAUUAUUCGUUCUGUGAUUGAUUUUAAAAGAGAUCCGUGGCCGAAAGUGUCUGAUACUGCUAAAGAUCUUGUUAAGAAGAUGCUCGAUCCAGAUCCGAAGCGGAGGUUAACAGCUCAAGAAGUGCUCGACCAUCCCUGGUUGCAGAAUGCCAAAAAAGCUCCAAAUGUGAAUUUGGGCGAGUCUGUUCGAGCGAGACUUCAACAAUUUUCUGUUAUGAACAAGUUCAAAAAGAGAGCCCUCAGGGUUGUUGCUGAGCAUUUAUCUGUUAAGGAAGUUGCAGAUAUAAAGGAAAUGUUUCAGAAGCUCGAUGUGGAUAACAAUGGAAGAAUCACUCUUGAAGAGCUCAAGUCUGGACUUCACAGGCUCGGGCAUCAGAUUCCGGAUGCGGAUGUUCGGAUUUUAAUGGAUGCAGCCGACGCCGAUGGUGAUGGAACUCUCGAAUUCGGCGAAUUCGUCGCCGUCUCAAUCCACAUAAAGAAGCUGGGGAACGACGAGCAUCUUCACAAAGCCUUCGCAUUCUUCGACCAGAACAAGAGCGGAUACAUCGAGAUAGAAGAGCUCAGCCAUGCCCUCGAAGACGACUUAGGACCCAACCAUGACGAAGUCAUCAACGCCAUCAUCAGAGAUGUUGAUACUGAUAAGGAUGGAAGGAUUAGUUACGAGGAGUUUGCGGCGAUGAUGAAGGCGGGGACGGAUUGGAGGAAGGCGUCGAGGCAAUAUUCGCGGGAACGUUUCACGAGUCUGAGUUUGAAGCUGAUGAAGGAUGGGUCAUUGGAGCUGAAGAAUGGUGGGAGAUGAGGAGGGAAGAGCUGUCUUUUAUUCUUUUCUAUAUGUUGUCUGUUUUCUUCUGAGUUUUAGUUCAGUUGGAAGCACAGCCCAAGAGCUCUUCUGUGUGAUGUUGUGGAGUAUGAAAAUGAGGGGGAAGAAGAGCUGUAAAUAUGUAAUUGCAUGAUUUUAAGAGGGCGAGGACUGCAAA